AUGUCAAGAGAUAAAGGUAACCCCAUUGCUGGUUUUGGUCACCAGUUCGUCGAGGCUGAUCGUAUCAUUCAGACCAACAUGGCCAGGUUGAGACAGCCGCCACUGGGUCCUGUAGGCCAGUACAUCAAGGUCAAGCCUGGUACUAGCCAACAGGAGCUGACGCUGAUCAAUAGUCAUCAACCUCUCACGAGAUUGCUCAGAUCGUAUGUCGUUGCGACUCCUGAGGAUGAACGAACGCUGAGAAGCAUAUUGCCACGCAACCAUAAUCCCACCAUCUAUUAUGUCAAACCCGAUAAUUACGAUGUGGAUCGUAUUUCACCCUCUUCCCAGUUCAAAACUAUUUUGCGGUGUCUUGACAUUUCGGAGGCUCGGGUUAUCCAGGCCUUGGUCGAGUGGGCAACCGUGCACGGUACCGCUAUCGCUGGUAGUACCGAAGAGGCUGUUAGAGCUCUGAAGCAGGGGGCGCAAAACUUGGAGUCAGCGAUUGCCCCUCAUAAAACGUCCGAGAGGUUUAUUGUUACUGCAACGCAGAGAGGCUCUCAGCUUUCUUCUUCUGGGGUUGUGCAGUCGGGCCUUUUGCGGGUAGGAAAAGCGAUUGUGACUGGUGAAGACGUUUCUGAGGCCAAGAAACGAGUCGCUGUGUGCGAGCGGGAGCUGCAGCCGCUGAAGGAGGAAUUCAGACGCCUGGAGCAAGAGGAGCAGAUGGCUCUACGAGAGUUCAGAUCUCUCGAUGAGAAAGAAUCGGUCUUCGAACAGAAGCUCCAGUCGCUGAAAAAAGAACAUGCUUUUGCUGUGGCAGAGAGGGACACGAUUCCUGAUGCCCCCAGCACAGAUGAGACUGAUCAGGCCAUCGAGAUCAAGACUCAGGAGCUGGAUAACAGCAAGCAGCAACUUUCUGAGACACGAGAGGCUCUGGAAGCGGCAAAGCAACGUUCGCGUGAGAUCGCCAAUUCUGAGACGGAAGCUGAAGUGGAGCUCGACAAGCUUAACGCGAAAGUACACGAAAAGUUUUUGGCUACUGAAGAAGCCAACUUGAGGUACACGGCACAUCAGGACGUGGUGACCAGCACACUGCAGAAGUUCGAGCUGGCCAAGAAGAAGCUCGCGGAGAAGGAGGUUGAACUAGUUGAUAUACAGGCCAACAUGGAGACUCAGCUUGCUGCUGCACAGGCUCUCAGCGAGGAGCUCGUUCCUUUAGAUGAAGGCGUCGACUUGGAGAAUGGUUUUGACUAUUGUACCAAGCGUACUGGUGAGUUGCAGGCCAAGAUUGAUGCUGCAAAGACGCGAAACCUCAGAGACUACCGUAUAGUCUAUGCUGAAUUUCAGGAGGCGGAGGAGGCAUACCGACUUGCUAAGGAGGAGUUCGAGGCGCAGAAGAAGGACGUUCGGGCUCUGGGAGAUACGGAGGCAGACCGUGUCCGGGCUAAGGGGCAGGCUCUUGCUUUUGGUAUUAUGCAGACCAGUUCUUACUUUGGUAACAUCAUGAAGUCUAGGGCAGCCUCAGCUGAUGUCGUUUUCGAUCUGAACACCAGAAAGCUAGAAGUGAAGAACUACAAGCUCGCUUCUACUUCCGAUGCCUCGUCCAAGGGAGGUGCUCGAGAUGUGGCUACCACCUCUGGUGGAGAGCACUCUUUCCUGCAGUCAGCUCUCAUGGCCGCUCUGUGGCAGAUGGUGGAUGCUCCUAUCAUCUGUCUGGAUGAGUACGAGGUGUUCAUGGACGACACCACUCGAGUAACGGCACAGAAGAACCUGAUCAAUACUCUCGGAGGCUUGAGGCAGUGCGUCCAGGCUAUUUUUAUUUCCCCCACGGUGGUGAAGAAUAGCGCCGUGGACGACGCUAGAUUCACGUAUGUGGAGGUUCGAGAUCCCAGUUUUGCUUCUCGAAAUCGGUAA